AAAUGAAAUCAGCUGAUUAGUUGGAUGGGGGCGGGUUCAAAUACGAGUGGAAGCCAUCUUGAACGGUUGGUUGACAAGACUCUUUCGCAGUCAGCUAAAAAUUGAGUACACCUCACAAACACCGCAUAGGGAACCGGUUAUUUCAGGCAUUCAAGGGUUGGAAAAACUUGAGGACACAGCAGCUCAGUGAAGCUACACAAGAUGGCUAGCUAAACAGUCAGCCAAUACAUGAAAGCUAGCUAAAUUCUCCUGGUGUAUGGUUUUCCAGAUAACAAUGGCAGAUUACAUCUAUGCUAAGCCCUGAAUUACAAAAGAAAUACGUGCUUAGAAGUUUUCUAAACAUUGAAAAGAAUAAUUUGACAAACAACAAUAUUGUUGUGGAACCUGCUGAGACAAACUAUUUGAACAAUUUAUAUUUGGAUAACUAAUCAAAGUCUCAAGAGGAAAGGGCAGUUUUGAGUGGUGCAGAGAGCAGUUUGGCCUCACGUCAUCUAGAGACUGUUAAAGGUGUCAUUGCUAUUAGAACAGAAAAGUUAAAUUAAAUUAAGUAAACAUGAGUACCGCCAGGACAGAGAACCCAGUGAUUUUGGGCUUGUCCAACCAGAAUGGACAGCUCAGAGGCUCAGUAAAGCCUGCUGGAGCGCCAGGUGGAGGAGGCUCUCAAACACAGCAACUUAACCAGAUGAAAGGUGCAAUCAACAAUGGCAAUUCCCAGCCGGCCCCUACAACUAACGCUGUCAUCAAACCUGGAGAUGACUGGAAGAAAAAUUUGAAAUUGCCCCCCAAAGACAUGAGGAUGAAAACUUCGGAUGUGACUUCAACUAAAGGCAACGAGUUUGAAGAUUAUUGCCUAAAGAGGGAGCUGCUUAUGGGAAUCUUUGAGAUGGGCUGGGAAAAGCCAUCUCCAAUCCAGGAGGAAAGCAUUCCCAUUGCACUGUCAGGAAGGGAUAUCUUGGCUAGAGCCAAGAAUGGUACUGGAAAGAGUGGAGCCUACCUCAUUCCCUUACUUGAACGCAUUGACCUGAAGAAGGACUGCAUACAAGCUGUGGUGAUAGUACCCACCAGAGAACUGGCUCUGCAAGUAAGCCAAAUAUGUAUCCAGGUCAGCAAACACAUGGGUGGAGUGAAGGUAAUGGCAACCACAGGUGGAACCAACCUACGUGAUGACAUCAUGAGACUCGACGAAACAGUACAUGUGAUCAUUGCCACUCCUGGGAGGAUUUUAGACCUCAUCAAGAAAGGAGUGGCCAAAGUCAAUCAAGUGCAGAUGAUUGUUCUGGAUGAAGCUGACAAACUCCUGUCUCAGGACUUUGUGGUUAUGAUGGAAGAGAUGCUGGGUUUCCUGGCCAAACAGAGGCAGAUUCUGCUUUAUUCUGCAACCUUUCCUCUCAGCGUACAGAAGUUUAUGAAUGCACACUUGCAGAAACCCUAUGAGAUCAACCUGAUGGAGGAGCUUACACUGAAGGGUGUGACUCAGUAUUACGCUUAUGUAACUGAAAGGCAAAAAGUCCAUUGCCUUAACACCUUGUUCUCCAGGCUCCAGAUCAACCAGUCUAUAAUCUUCUGCAACUCCUCUCAGAGAGUGGAGCUCCUUGCCAAGAAGAUCUCCCAGCUUGGUUAUUCAUGUUUCUACAUUCAUGCCAAGAUGAGACAGGAGCAUCGCAACCGUGUGUUCCACGACUUCAGAAACGGCCUCUGCCGGAAUCUUGUCUGCACUGACCUCUUCACAAGAGGAAUUGACAUUCAAGCUGUGAAUGUUGUGAUCAAUUUUGACUUUCCCAAGCUGGGAGAAACGUACCUUCAUCGCAUUGGUAGAUCUGGUAAGAGCCCAUAUUGGUUAUGUUGUUUAUCGACUGUGCAGCCUCUUCUCUUGUACAAAGAUUUAACAAACAAUAAUUUACUCUCACAUCCUUUAAUAUCAGGACGCUUUGGACACUUGGGUCUAGCCAUCAACCUCAUCACUUAUGAUGAUCGCUUCAACCUGAAAGGGAUUGAGGAGCAGCUUGGAACAGAGAUCAAGCCCAUCCCUGGCAUCAUUGACAAGAGCCUAUAUGUGGCAGAGUACCACAGUGAGAGUGGUGAAGAAGUCAAGCCAUGAGCCAAUCAGUCCAUCCUCCAUUCCCCUUUGUACCCCCCUCCCCCCCAUCUUGGAGUUUUUUUUAUGUACAGUUUCUGUCUGUCUUCCUUUUUUGGAUGCCACCAUAAGGACUAUGUAUUUUGAUGGAUGUGUUUCGGAAAGAACUCAUUUGCCUUUUUAUAAGGCUCUGUGCUGCACCACCCCACCCUGAAGACAUAAGCACUGGGAGGAAAGCAUGGGACCAAGUCGAAAAUAUCAAUGCACAUCGUGACGAUUCAUAUCCACCAAUGAAACAAAGCCAGCACCAACAGACCGCUAUAUAUGUCACCCUUCAUUCUCCAUGUUUUAUUUUGGAAGUUUUAACCAAUUUGUAUCAAGUGCCUUAACAAGCAGUUCAACUCAUUCUAAAGUAAUAACCCUUCAUUAUCAGCCAUCUUGCUCACUUCAUACCACACACUCACGUUCACCUAAUUGAAAAUUUGUCACACUAGUUUAAUGUCCCUCCACAUAGGUGAAUUCAUAACUGAUUUUUGGUUGGGUCAUCCGUUUGCAAGGAAUGGAGAUAAUUAGGAAGGAGGCUGGUCUGAAUUAUCUUUUGCUGGCUUAGCUGCACUUGAGUCUGGCUGAUAAAUGAGGACAAACUUGGAUUUUCCAUGGACAGAGAUGCUGGAAUUUUUCCAAGAGACAGCCAGACUGUCCAGUUGCUUGUGAAGAAGCGUGUGCUUCUAAAAGACCCAAACAUUUCCUCUGUCUUCAGCAUCAGAACACUAAAAAUGAAUUAGCAGCCUCUCAACACCAUGAGUCAUGAGGAUUCCUGUUUCGGUGGAGUUAAAUUGUAAGGAACGCUUUUUUUCUUUUUGUCCUGUGUUUCACCUUCCUAUGGAUGGCCAUACUUAAUUCUGCGAGACGUGCAGUCAACAUGUGGGGUGCACCUUUACACCUUGUGUAUAUACCUUCAUUUUAAGAUUGUUUUAAACAAGUUCAAAAGGCUGGCUGACAAACUGAAAAGCUUUUUUCAUCCCUUCUCUCUUGUUAGCACUGGAGACAGUUUCCUUAACUGCCAGUUUGUUUGUUCUGCAAUAUUGGCCUGUGAAUUUAUUUAUAAUUUUAGAAAUUGCAGAAUUUAUUAGAAACUAAAACAUUUAAAUUACCUUGUGCAUGAAAUGUUUUUGGAGGCGGAUUCAUCACUAAUCUUUAAGCACCUCCAAAUUUGAUGGCGAGUGCAAUUCUUCAAAGCCACACUUAAACGGAGAUUGUUUAAAUUGUUGCCCUUAUUCUCCUGCUACCAGUGUUAACAACUGUUCGGUCUAGACAGAUGGCUUUAAGCUUGUGCAUUUAAGUGAAUUCUUUGUUGUCACCAGCCUUAACUUGUGAAACUGACUCUCGAGACACUCUAAGAUCUCCAGUUAGAGUGAGCGUUGUUAUUGGAAGAGAAAAUAAUAUUCUAUCAUGUAGUAGUACUACGUGCUGCAGUGCAGCUGAAUUGGCAGAAAAUUUGUUUUUUGGGGGUGGUAUUAGCUGUUACGUUGAUCUAUGUGCUCUUAAGCACAGCUACAUUAUUUCACACAUGUUGAGGAAGCUGUGGAUUUAUUUUCCCCCUUUUUGAAGAAUGUCUGCCGAAUGCAUCAAAAUUAACCAUCUGACCUAAAAUGUAGCAGGAAUUCAUUCUCUGUGCAUUGCAAGUUAGCUGGCUUUACUAAAGCCAGCUAACAAAAGAUGCCUCACUUAAAACAACCCGAGCAGAUUGGGCUGCACUUAACACACAGAGAUGGAUUCAGGCAAUAACAGUGACUGCACUGCUUUUUGUACACUCAUGAUGCCCAGAUAAGAGAGAAGUGUAUAAUGAUAAUGAUGAUGCGGAGCAUAAAGAAAAAAAAAUUGGCACGGAGGGGGAAUGGGCAUGAAGGAUUACGAAAUUACUAUUAGUCGGACUGCUUGUUUAAAAAAAAUAAUAACAUGGGCACUUCAGACUGCUGAGUUUAUGGCUUAAUUCUCUGCCCUUCAUUGCUUUGAUAUUUUGGGUUUGGGUUACAGUUUUACAUACAACCUUAUUUUGCAUUAAGGUCCUCUGACCACUUGUUUGUUCAGCGAAAACCUUUUUGCAAAUGAGGUCCCCUUGGUUAUGGUGAGAUGCUCUCUUGACUGUUCUAAUCAAUGAAGUAUUAUUGCACAUUUAAUUUAAGCUCUUUUAAAAGAUAACAGUGAUAAUGUUGAUAGGUUUAAGAUUACCAUUUUAUUUUUCAUUGGUUAGAACUGUGAUCCCGGUUCACUCAGUUCUGUUGUCCCCAAAAUACUUGUACAUCUAAUUUGGCUAAUUUGGGCGGGAGGGCUGUAAUUGUUAAAAAAUAUCCACAUUAAAUCAAGCAUUAUUUGAGUGAACAGGGAUCUAAUUGUACAGGCACUUGGCAGCUGUCUGUUUGUCAGCCCACUGGCAGUAAUCGCCACAGCAAAUGCUUUCAAGGCUAAAAUCAACAAUCCUUCAACAUUUAGUGCAUUGCUACCUUUGACUGGGAUGUUGUUUUACUGCCAGUGGCUGCCAUUUGAGAACCUUAAAGACUGAGACAAGAGCAUCUUGCCCCAGAUUGGGUGACUAAUUGGAUAGUUUGUGUAAUUAAAUUGUCUCAUUUUUUAAGGUCACUUUUUUAAAUUUGUGGGGGGGUUAAAUUAGUGCUCUUGCUGCCCUGAUGCACAUGUUCAUCCUCUCGACAGUUAUGACACAUUUACAAUAAUACAACUUUUGUGUACAAUUUGGCCGGCCUAUCACUUCACUAUUGCUGUUGCGGAGGAUGUGAGAGGAGUCUGUUAGGGAUUUCUUUCAAAACUGAUGCAUCAGUAAUAACAUGGGGAGGAGCCUUUGGGCAUUACAAAAACAGGAUAUGAUCUAAAGAUCCAAAGUUAUGGUAAUGGAUAUAAAAAGGUUUGAAAAAGUUGCCCUUAAAUUUGGAAUUUUUUUUUUUCUCCAAAUGUUCAAGUGGAGUACACCUUUUUUAUUUAAAAAAAAAGUUGCCAAAUUUAAGUGAAGAAGUCUGAGUUCAUUUUUAUUUGAUGGAAAUUGGUCGUUAUUUAAUUGGCAGAUUUUUCAGUGAAGCUAAUUUUACAAUGGACUUAAGUUUAAAGGAUGUCAUGAAUAUUAUUGGAUACGAUUUGAAAAUUUUGUUGAAAAUAAAGCUCACUGAAAUUUA